GAUUGAGUGAUGGUUUGGAUACGGAAUCUGCACAUUUUGUCUGGUGCGGAGACUGGUGCCGAUGGUCUUUAGAAUCUAAAAAGAUAUCACCAUUUUGAGACGAUCAGGCCUCCUUCUGUGUAGUGUUUCAAGUGCGCCGCCUCUUAUUUCCGUCCCAAUGCCAAAGAAAGGAUUUUCAAGACCAUGAAAAUGAAGAACCCACUCUCAAAAUCACUCUGUCACUACCUCCUCAAACCUCCAUCAGCGUUUGUUUCCCAUUUGAAUAACCUCCCUUUUGAUCCAUUAUUGCGCAUAUUCAAUCAAUCGAGGUCAAUUUUCUCAGCUUCUCUGUCAAAGAUUCGAAUUCGCGAUGUUUUCAUCAACACCCAGUUGUCUAAUCCACAGAAACAAUCGGAAUCCGGAUUUAGGUGUACUCAAGUUCGAUCAUUUGCGAGUGAAAUUCACGACCAGAGUAGUGCUAUCCCGGUUGUUUCCACCGUGAGUUCACCAUUCGAGGGCUCUGUGCCAAUCGAUGCGGGCUCGUUGAAUCGAAAGCCCAUUAGCUUCUGGCCCGGAAUGUACCAUUCGCCGGUGACUAAUGCUUUGUGGGAAGCGAGAUCGAGCAUUUUCGAGAAGGUCAGCGAAACCCCUGUUGAAGAGGCUGCACAGAGUCAAUUGGCGGCCAAAAGCCCUUCAAAGAGCAGGACCAGUGUUCUUUACAAGUUUUCUAGUGAUUACAUACUCAGAGAGCAGUACAGGAAUCCAUGGAAUGAGAUCAGGACGGGGAAGCUGGUCGAAGAUCUUGAUGCUCUUGCUGGAACUAUAUCUUAUAAGCAUUGCUGCAAUGAUGAUGGCACGACAAGGCCACUGUUAUUGGUCACUGCUUCUGUUGACAGGAUGGUUCUGAAGAAACCAAUCAGUGUUGAUGUUGAUUUGAAGAUAGAGGGUGCUGUUACAUGGGUUGGACGGUCAUCCAUGGAGAUUCAACUGGAAGUCACUCAGUCCGCUCAAGGUACAACAGGUCCAUCAAACUCACUUGCACUUGUUGCAAACUUCACAUUUGUUGCUCGUGACUCGAAGAGUGGGAAAUCAGCUGUUAUUAACCAGAUAUCACCUGAGACCGAGAAUGAAAAAUUGCUAUGGGAAGAAGCAGAAGAAAGGAACAAGAGGAGGAAAAAUAGAAGAGCAGAACAUAGAAUUGAUACUGAUGAGGAUGCAGACAGGCUCCACACAUUGUUGGCUGAAGGCAGAGUUUUCUGUGAUAUGCCAGCUUUGGCAGACAGAGAUAGCAUCCUUAUAAAAGAUACUAGCCACGAGAACUCUUUGAUCUGCCAGCCACAGCAAAGGAACACUCAUGGUCGGAUAUUUGGAGGAUUUUUGAUGCGCAAGGCAUUUGAACUUGCAUUCUCAAAUGCUUAUGCUUUUGCAGGCGCAUCUCCCCGCUUUAUAGAGGUUGAUCAUGUCGACUUCCUUAAGCCCGUGGAUGUUGGAAAUUUCCUUCGUUUCAAGUCUCGCAUUCUGUACACUGAACUCGAAAACCCAGCUAAACCUUUGAUAAAUGUGGAAGUUGUAGCUCAUGUUACCAGGCCAGAGCUCAGGUCUAGUGAGGUAUCCAACAAAUUCUACUUUACAUUUACUGUCCGUCCUGAGGCUAUCGCAGAUGGACUGAGGAUUCGCAAUGUUGUUCCAGCAACAGAAGAGGAAGCAAGGCGGGUGCUUGAACGAAUGGAUGCAGAGACUUCCCAACUCCAAUAAAUCGACCAGGAAAUUCCAAGAAACGGAGAAGUGAAUACAAGAAGGCUGUUGCCAAGAAAAGGCAAGCAUGAAGUGAAAAUUUUAGCUCUGGGGAGCUCUUGAGAGGAUUUCAGUAUCUACAAAGUAAUAAUGCUUGCAAAGUUGGCAUGGAAUAUUAAUCAAUUACAUUUUUUUUUUCAUAUAAGAUAAUAAGAUAUUGAUUGAAGGCCUACUUGCAGAUGGAUUUCUUUUGGAAAGCAUCCAUGAAGGUGAUCUCUUAAAAGUUACUCCUCUGAAAGUUAUAUAGCUGUUGAUAGGGUUGCCUUUUGAGUAUUAUAUUUGUAGAGAAAAAAAAAAUGCUCCGUCAGCCAGUUUGUUGAAGUUGUGUUUGAAGUCAAAUACUGUUAUUAGGUCAUUCGAACCAAGCAGUUUCAUAUUCAAGACUUGUUUUUAUUGU